AUGCAUCGUCGACUUCUCCAGCACCAGUCACAUCGUCUUGCACUCUUGCUCCUCCUGUUACCGCCGCAGCUAGCAGCGUCGCCGUCGCUUAUGAAAGCCAUUAGGGAAAAGAACAUAAGAUUGGGGUUAUCUUUAAUCUCUAAUGGGGCAAACAAAAGGGUUAAAUCGGGAAGUAAAAGCAAAAAUGAGCCAAAAGAAUGUUGCUCAAAACAUCCCUUCUCUACUCUUCUUCAAAAAUAUGGUAUCGGAACUCGUAAGAAGGCUUCGCUAGGGUUCCUCUUUUCCCUAUAUCUUUGGAAGCUUCAUACAGGAGGGUUUUUUCAGUAA